AUGACUCGUAAUCUUGCCAACCUGGUCGAUGUUUCGGGACUCUUAGCCGCCAAGGAUGAAGAUGCAUCCUCUUCGUUAGUCGCCAACAGCGUCAAACAUGCGAGAGACUGCACGAUUCAGGAUGGCUGUGCCCGAGCUUCUCCGGCAUCCGACAACACCGACUUGCAGGCAGCCUCCGUGCACGAAAAUGCGGGAGCGCAGGCCUCCUUGGCGGCCGACGCACCUGAAGCGUACUUUCGCGAUUCGCUCGGCGCUGCUACCCAGAGUAUCGAUGCGAGCAGCGCCGAUAUCGCCAAGGACGAAUCUGGUACUCUCGUUAGUGCUCAUGUGCCUGUCGAGAAGGAGCGGGGGAGGGACUCCUAG